AGAUAUAAAUUAACACCAUUCGCAUGUGUCUACAUUGGCUAAAGUUUGGCAACGCUAGUGCGAACACGUUGACUUUUUUUGACGAAUUUUAUCAGUCUUUUGAAAGUAAAAUAGAAUCAAAAGAAAAAAUGUUAUUUUUCUUAUACACAAUCAUUUUCGCUCUAUUUUUGAAUGAGUACAAUGCUGCACCUGGUGUUAAAAAGCUUUUUCGUUCGGUAGAGAAAUCGGGAUUAAGUAAAGGAAAAUCAACCGAAAACUUGAAUGUCGAUGAUUUGAAAUUUGCCAACUUUCCAAUAACUUUCGCUUGUGUAACCGAUGAAGAACUAAUUGGAUUUCAUAAGGUUGUUGUUAAUGAUAGUGUGAUUCCGUCAACUUUACUUGAACGCUUAGAUAAUGGAAGGGGCUUAUCGUUAUUCUUUCACGGAGCUAUCAAUCAUGUCACUACUAAAUAUGGUCUUAUGUACCAUUUUGCAAAAGAAUGGUUCACCGAAUCUGGUAGCAAUAUUUGUAUCGUAUCCUAUAACUUUGACAUGGAACCCGUGUCAGGAUGUAAUCCAGCGCUAGUUGCGCAGCACGAUGAGGCAAUAAAGCGACUUGGGUAUGUUGCAAAAUUGGGUCGUGACUUGAUAACAGGCAUUCAAGAUACAUGUUGGGAUAGUGAAGAUGGUGGCAAAUGUCUAAAUAUCCAUGAGGUGGAUAUAAUCGGUUUUAAUUUUGGUGCCCAUGUUGCCGCUCAAACUUGUGAAUUUUUAAAACAAAAAAUGAAUCAAAAAGUCAGAAUGUUAUUGGCUUUGGAUCCAUCAAGAACUGCUCCCAUUAUGAUUGAACCAAAAGUGGCAAUAAAAAAAGGAAUCGCCCAUUAUGUUCAAGUGAUACAUACAACAGUUGAAGGAAGAAAUGGGGAAGUUUUUGAGAAAAGCGGAGACGUGGACAUCUAUUUAAAAUAUAAACCAGGCCAACCAUUGACUGAUGGUUUAGAUUUUUACGUUCAUAUGGCCACGGCAACCAAACGACUUUAUAUGCUGGCCAGUGAAAAGGGGAGUGGAACGAUAAUUAAGAGAAGAGGAAGACAACCAUUUCCCGAACCAAAAUCAAAUGAAUGUGUUGUCGGUGUAUAUAGUGCUUUGAAUCCGAAAAAAACCGGAAAAAGAUACGUCAUUUCCGUUGCAAAUCGGAUCGGCAUGUUAAAAACAGAACUUGGUAGUUAUGCCGAAAGCACAAUACUUUUUGAAUAAGACGGCUCUGAAUAAUCUGCGUGAUCCAUUCGGUUCCAUCAGAAGAAGAUCAUUUGUAUAAUAGCGAUCGAAGUGUGUUUGAUCAAAACCUUAAACCUUUUGGUGAAAACGUUCCAAAAUCAUUUUGCAUGUGCACUGCAAAAUUGGUUUCAAUGGCUGUUUUAUACAAUAUAAAUUAUUAUCAUUAUAUCUUUUUCAUUUCAGAAAAAUUUAUUAUAAAAAUACCAAUAAAAGACAUUUUUAAUGGAAUUUA